CCUCAGUUUAUUGACGUUGGCCGCCCGUGCGCAACGUGUUCUUUUCCAUUGUUUUCAUUUCCCGGGGGCCACUACACGAUUUUUGUUUAUUCUUUCGAUCCGCGCUCGCAUCGUGUGAAAGUGCAGCUUGACUAAACCUUUUUUUUCCGUCUCUAAUAGUUGUAAUUUGCACUAAUUACCGCCGCAAUGAACGAUUUCGGGCAGUUCGCCAAAGCCCAGGCCUCCAAGUUCGUGCCGUUUCUGGUGACCCUCGUUCUGUACUUCUCGUUGGUGCGAAAGGAUCCCCAAGGAGAACUAUGGACCACAGUGCUCAAGUGUCUGCCCAUUGUGGCUCUCAUGUUCUAUGUGGUGGCCAAGGGAAUCACGCUCAAAAAGGAAUACCGCCGCUCACUUUGGAUUCUCCUGGGCCUGGUUUUCUCCUGUGGGGGUGAUGCUCUGCUCAAUAUAAACCUCUUUCCAUUCGGAAUGAUCUCCUUCGGAGUGGCGCAUGUCUUUUAUAUCAGCGCCUUUGGAUGGAAGCCUGUAAAGUGGUUAAUUGGAUUGGUACUCUACAUUGCCGUCUCACUUUUUAUUUACUUUGUGCACAAGAAUCUGGACGAGAUUCUCAUCAUCGGAGUGCCGAUCUACUGUUUCCUCAUAACCACAAUGCUGUGGAGAGCUCUAGCUCGAGCGGUGGAUUCCAAGAAUUUCCUCACCGUAUUCUGCGCCAUCGGAGCUAUUCUGUUUGUGAUCUCCGAUGCCCUGAUCGCUGUCACUAUGUUCGUGGGCGUGCCCCUGCCCUGCGCCCGCCUUCAGAUCAUGAUCACCUACUAUGCCGCCCAGUUCGCCAUUGCGCUGAGCACAGCGGAUGAUGGUCCGGCAGUCCAGCGGUCUCUUCGCAAGAAAAUCAAGUGAGACCAGUGCCCAAUGCUCAUCUAUUGGAAACCCAUAGACAACAUGAACGCAACCACCAAAUUUAGUACUUCCAAACCGUCUAGAUUAAUGCCAUUUACGUGUGUUGGUUUCCCCAUCCCAGUAGCAUAGUGUAACCAAAUAUAUUUUCCGUUUCUCUGGUGGAUGUGGAAACGGAUCUUAGUAGAGUUAUUUAGAUGUUUGUUGACUUAAAAAAAUAAAUAUAUUAAUGUUAACUCCAGUA